AUGUCUGCCCAUAUGGCCUUCCGCCUCUCUCUUCUUACCCGACAAUGGGGCCGAUUCCCCCUCUCCUCCCGGCCAGUUCGGCCCGGCCUCCGCGCCGCAUCAACCUCCCCGCGGAGGCUAGACCUGCUAGCCGUAGAUAAAAAGUGGAAAGACAGAUGGCGGGAUGAUCCGACGGCACAUUUGGUGAAGAACCAUGGCAAGGAAAAAGCGUACAUCCUUGCGAUGUUCCCUUACCCGUCCGGUACGUUGCAUAUGGGACAUGUACGGGUUUAUACCAUUGCCGACAUGCUGGCUCGUUUUAAGCACAUGAAGGGAUACGAUGUGCUGCAUCCUAUGGGAUGGGAUGCGUUUGGGCUUCCGGCAGAGAAUGCGGCGAUCGAACGGGGAAUUGACCCCGCCCAGUGGACGAUGCAGAAUAUAGCCAACAUGAAGGAGCAGCUCAGGGCUAUUGGGGCGCAUUUUGAUUGGAAUAGGGAACUGAUGACCUGCUCUCCUGAAUUUUACAAGCACACGCAGCGCUUAUUCUUGAUGCUAUAUGGACGGGGACUGGCAUAUCAAGCAAAAGCCCUGGUCAAUUACGAUCCUGUCGAUAAAACUGUUUUGGCAAACGAACAGGUGAAUGCAAAUGGGUGUUCAUGGCGAUCUGGAGCAAAAGUUAAAAAGGUCGAGCUGAAGCAGUGGUUCUUCCGCAUCACUGCUUUUAAGGAGGCACUACUCAAGGACCUUGAUGCGUUGGCAGAUGGCUGGCCUGAGCGAGUGUUGUCCAUGCAGAGACAUUGGCUGGGCAAGUCCACAGGCGCGCAUAUUAAAUUUCUGGUUUCCGCCCCCGACGAUAAUUACGACAUUCAAGUGUUUACUACGCGCCCGGAUACGCUCCAUGGCGUCCAAUAUCUUGCUUUGUCAAUAACCCAUCCAUUGGUGGUGAAAUUGUCAAACUCGGAUACCGGGCUAAAAUUCUUUCUCGAAUCUGUUGCCUCUCUUCCACAGGACUCAAAGGCGGGCUAUCGACUUCCAGGUGUAAUGGCCGUCAACCCUCUCAGUUCUCUCGAGGCAAAUCCUUCCCUACAAUCGUCGAUCCCUGUAUACGUCGCCCCGUACGUUUUGGCAGAGUACGGCGAAGGUGCGGUCAUGGGCGUGCCUGGCCAUGAUUCUCGAGAUUUUGCAUUUUGGAACGAAAACUCGGAAUCCCAACCCGUGUCGUUUGUUAUAAAGCCAAAGUCUUCCCAGGAACAUAGUCUCACAGAAUCAUCCACUAGCAAGUUAAAGCCAUUCACUGGGAAAGGGAUUUUGGCAGAUACCUGUGGAUCUUACGGUGGCAUGGCCUCUGACGAGGGUGGGAGUAAGAUCGUUGCAGACUUGAAAAGGCAAGGGAAUUUUGCAAAUAUCGCGGAAAAUUGGAGACUUAGGGAUUGGCUAGUUAGCCGGCAGCGAUACUGGGGAGCUCCAAUCCCGAUUAUUCAUUGUGAUUCGUGUGGCCCAGUUCCUGUUCCAAUUGACCAACUCCCCGUUGAGCUUCCCGUAAUUGAAGGUGACGUCGGUCUUAGAGGCAAACAGGGAAAUCCAUUGGAAUCUGCUGAAGAGUGGCUGCACACCUCUUGCCCUAGCUGCGGAGGAGCCGCUAAAAGAGAAACCGACACAAUGGACACUUUCGUUGACUCCUCCUGGUAUUUCCUAAGAUACCUUGACCCAUUCAACAAAACGGCACCCUUCUCCGCUUCGACCGUCCAGCCUGUCGAUGUAUACAUCGGAGGUAUCGAGCAUGCAAUAUUACAUUUGUUAUACUCUCGAUUUAUCUAUAAAUUUCUGGCGACUACUGAACUGUUCCCUAAAGAGCCAUCAGGACCCGCAGCGGUCAUGGAACCCUUUCUCAAACUUUUAUCACAAGGAAUGGUUCAUGGAAAGACAUAUUCUGACCCGUCGACAGGUCGCUUUUUGAAGCCAUCAGAAGUUGACCUAUCAAAUCCUGAUGCCCCUUUGAUCAAGGGCACCUGGAUCGCCCCAAAUAUAACCUUUGAAAAGAUGUCAAAGAGCAAACACAACGGCGUGGACCCUACCACAUGCAUCAACACCUACGGCUCCGAUGCAAUCCGCGCACAUAUCCUGUUUUCCGCCCCUGUCAGUGAGAUUCUUGAGUGGGAUGAGUCAAAAAUUGUCGGUAUGGAACGGUGGUUUAAUAGGCUGUGGCGCGUCGUAACAGACGCACAAAAUUCUUUGGAAAGUUUCUCGCUCUUGAGCAAGGAAUCUCUGAAACACAUGAAUGAUAUCCGCCUGCUAGACCUGAAAAAGACAUCCGAUGACGAAGCCAAUAUCCUCCUCACGACACACGACACCAUUAAAUCCGUUUCCCACUGCCUCGACGAAACACCCUACGGUCUAAACACCGUCAUAUCUGAUCUGACUAAAUUUACCAACGCGCUAGCAUCCUCUUCCCUUCCCGCAACUGCGUCAUCGCCACCUUCACAAACCAUCUUGUACAUCGCACUCUCCUCUCUUCUCCGACUCCUAGCCCCCAUAACCCCCGCGCUCGCCUCUGAAUGCUGGGAACAUCUACACAGCUCCAUCCUAACAGGCCCGGUUCCAUCACCUACACCUGCAGGUGCAAUCCCAUCAAUCUUCUCCUCUCCCUGGCCCACGCAAUUCCUCGCAGAAUACGACGUCCAAACCCUCCGCGCUCGCAGUGGCAAAACCGUUGCAGUACAAAUAAACGGAAAACUCCGUUUCAGUACAACCAUUCCAUCUCCGCCCGGUGACGGAUCUGCGUCGUCGAAGAAUGUGUCCCCAGAAGUGAAAGAAUGGAUUUUAUCACACCUCCUGGAAUCCGAUGAGGGGAAAGUGUGGCUGAGAAAGAGGAAUGACUGGGAGAAGAGGAAGCGGGUUAUUGUUGUUGGUGGUGGGAAGGUUGUCAACGUGGUGUUUUGA